UACUACCAUUUACCUCUCCAAUCUCUCUUUCUUUUUUUUUAAGUACCAUUAAUGUUUAUUAUCCAAAACUAAUAUUUCUGUUUAUUGAUAAAUAGUAAUAAAAUAGAUAAAAAUUGUGAGUAGUUGUAGCUAGCUUGUGAAGUAAAAGAAAGAAUAUGUGGAGACUGAAGAUAGCAGAGGGUGGCCAUGACCCUUACAUAUAUAGCACAAACAAUUUUCUUGGAAGACAAAUAUGGGAGUUUGAUCCUAAUGCAGGCACUCCUGAAGAGCGAGCUGAGGUUGAAGAAGCUUGUCAAAAUUUCUGGAAAAAUCGAUUUCAGGUCAAACCCAAUGCUGAUCUCCUCUGGCAGAAGCAGUUUCUAAGAGAGAAAAAUUUCAAGCAGGAAAUCCCAAUAGUAAAGGUUAAGGGUUUUGAGGAAAUGACGCAUGAAACAGUAACAGCAGCACUGAGGAGAAGUGUCCACGUUUUCUCUGCCUUACAGGCCCGCGAUGGUCAUUGGCCUGCUACAAAUUCCGGCUCAUUAUCCUUCUUGCCUCCCUUGGUAUUUUUUUUUUGGUAUUUUGUACUGUACAUUCCAGGUUAUCUAAAAUACAAUAAUCACAGAAGAGGCAUUGUAUAUAAUAUUAUUGUUGCUCAGAACGAAGAUGGCGGAUGGGGUCUGCACAUAGAGGGUCAUAGCAUAAUGUUCUGCACUGUUCUAAACUACAUUUGUAUGAGAAUGCUUGGAGAAGGGCCUGAUGGAGGGAAAGAUAAUUCUUGUGAAAGAGCUAGAAAGUGGAUUCUUGAUCAUGGUUCUGCAAUUGCCAUUCCUUCUUGGGGAAAGAUAUGGCUUUCGAUACUUGGUCUUUAUGACUGGUAUGGAACGAAUCCAGUUCCUCCAGAGUUUUGGGCAAUCCCAAGUUUCUUUCCAAUACAUCCAGCAAAAAUGUUGUGCUAUUGUCGGAUGACAUACCUUCCAAUGUCAUAUAUUUAUGGGAAAAGAUUUGUUGCUCCAGUAACUCCUCUUAUUUUGCAAUUAAGAGAAGAAAUUUUCAAUCAACCUUAUGAAAAAAUUGAUUGGAGAAGCGUCCGACAUUUGUGUGCAAAAGAAGAUCUGUACUAUCCUCGUACUUUUGUCCAAACAUUGCUUUGGGAUGUUUUGUACAAUUUUGCAGAGCCUCUUCUUAAUAGUUGGCCCUUUAACAAAUUGAGAGAAAAGGCUCUAAACCAAACUAUGCUCCAUUUACAUUAUGAAGAUGAAGUCAGUCGCUACAUUACAAUUGGCUCCAUAGAAAAGCCAUUAUUUAUGCUUGCUUGUUGGAUUGAAGAUGCCAAUGGGGACUAUUUCAAGAAGCAUCUUGCUAGGUUCUCAGAUUUCUUGUGGGUUGCAGAAGAUGGAAUGACUGCUCAAAGUUUUGGUAGUCAAGGAUGGGAUACCAGUUUCGCUCUCCAAGCUUUGAUAGCUUGCAACCUCACCAAUGAAAUAGGACCUACACUUAGGGAAGGACACAGCUUCAUCAAGAAUUCUCAGGUUUCUGAGAAUCCUCCUGGUGACUUCAGAAGAAUGUUUCGACACAUAUCAAAAGGAGGAUGGACUUUUUCCGAUAGAGAUCACGGAUGGCAAGUUUCUGAUACUACUGCGGAAGGAUUAACUUGUUGCUUACUUUUCUCGAUGAUGCCACCAGAGACUGUGGGUGAAAAAUUGGAGCCUGAGAAGUUAUUUGAUGCUGUUAAUGUCAUACUCUCUCUUCAGAGUAAAAAUGGCGGUUUAGCAGCAUGGGAGCCAGCACCACCAACAUUUUGGAUGGAGUGGCUCAAUCCAACUGAGCUCUUUGAGGAUGCUGUCAUUGAACAUGAGCAUGUUGAGUGUACCUCAUCUUCUAUCUACGCUUUGGCUCUAUUCAAGAAACUGUAUCCUGAUCAUAGAAAGAAGGAGAUCGAAGAUUUUAUCGCAAAUGCUGUACAAUUCAUUCAAAAAAUUCAAAGGCCUGAUGGUUCAUGGUAUGGGAAUUGGGGGAUAUGCUUCACAUAUGGCACAUGGUUUGCACUAAGAGGCUUAGCUGCUGCUGGCAAGACUUACUACAACUGUUCUGCUGUACGCAGAGGCGUCAACUUUCUGCUCAAAUUACAAAAAGAGGAUGGUGGUUGGGGAGAGAGUUAUCUUUCAUGUCCAAACAAGGAAUAUGUUCCUCUUGAGGGUGAGAGGUCAAAUCUGGUGCAGACUGCUUGGGCUUUGAUGGGGCUAAUUCAUGGUGGACAGGGGGAGAUAGACCCUGCACCAUUGCAUCUUGCUGCCAAGCUUCUAAUCAAUUCACAAACAGAACUAGGUGAUUUUCCCCAGCAGGAAAUUUUAGGAGUCUACAUGAGGAAUGGCAUGUUACACUAUGCAGCAUAUAGGAAUAUUUUCCCUUUGUGGGCUCUAGCAGAAUAUCGCCAGCAUUUUUCAUUUUCUUCGAAAAGUGUUUGAAUUAUAUAACUUCUAUAAUUACAUUUUUCAUUGAGUGCUUUUUCAUUCUCUGCCACAGCA